AUGCCUCACGACUUCGCCAUGGCUUUCUGCCUAAUCAACGCUGGAAAUAUAUCUGACAACUGCACGGUGGCUGCUGCUUGGUACCACAGCCAUAACCUGGAGUCAAGCAGUGUUGCAAGCCUUGGAGCUGAUGCGGAUGAUUUCAACCUGGAGGACCUCGACUUCAUGGAAGUGGCAGCGUCAUCUUGGGUGGAAGAUUUUACGUCAUUCAUGUCCAACAUUACAAAUGAGACAGUAGACCGCGACGUAGCCAGCUUCCUCAUAUAUCCACAGCUGGCGAAUCUGACGAACCCCAUUGGAGAUGCCGUUUUAAAUAUUACAAGACCAGCCAUCGAGUUGCAUUGCAUAUCUGAAGAGAUGGCAAAGGCCGUUUCCCGGGCACCUGGCGGGGACUGCGAGGCUGAUCUAGUUCGCUGGUGGCCGCCCGGAUUGCACAUGGAGGCCUCCGAUAUGAUCAACGAUAUGCAACAGGCCUUCAUUUCUUUACCCGAGGAGUACAAGAACGUCUCAAUUCAGACAUUCUUUGGCUGGAUGGGACAUCAAAACCUACUCGGACCAAGCGAGAUCGGCGCCCGGAAACAGGAGUGCUAUCAGACAUUAUGCUCAUCGUUGGAGAAUUCUGGAAAUCCAGAUAUUGCUGGCAUAGGGAUGUUCAUAUCGUACAUUAUCGAGGCCUGUCUAGCCACCUUCUUCAUCCUCCACUCAUGCUGGCACAACUGGAAGCACCGACAAGUAUUAUUCAGUAAUUCGCCAGCAAGCGUAGCCACGUCGGAAGACUUCACCAGAAUUAUGGACAUUUUUCUCAACACCGGCGUUGUACUUCUCCUGUCGCUUGCAGCUGCUCUCGUAACUGUUGGUUCACACGAAACUGUAUUGUACAACGGUGUUAUCACACAUCUUGCUUGCCACUUCUCUGCAAGCGCUGUCAUUGCCGUGGCCUCUUUACCGCGUUAUGGAUCCCACCGACAUCCCGCCUUCUGGGUCUGUUUGCUUUGCUCGACACUGCUAUCAACAAUUGCCAUGAACAUUGCAAGCCAGUAUGACCUGCACUUCACAAUGCCUGGGCUAUCAGAAGACAACUUCUGGGAGUCCCAGCUAGCUGCCAUGCAACUACUCGCUGUUCCGAAACUUCAGUUCUCUACCGGAGCAUUAGGGUAUCCUGGAUUGCAGCAGAUAAGCCAGCCAGAUCCGGGUGCUUCGUUCACGGUCGCUUCAUGUCUCAUUUGGGGCUUCUUCUACUAUGACGGAGAUAUCGAAGGUUUCAUCACAAGUUAUGUGUCAUUUUCAUUCUAUUUUCAAGAGGUCAUAUACUUCGUCGGUAUUCUGGUCUUCUUUGUGUUGACGCUAGCUCUCCGAGCGAGAACCUUCCACUUUUGGCCAAGUUGGAUCGUGAAGAACAAGGCACGUCUGGUUUUCUGGCUAAGAUGCGCGUUUUCUUUCGUGGCUUGGAUGAACAUGUUCAUGGGCCUCGGUUGCAUAACACUCUGGCGUCGCUUCCAGUCAGUUGCCAUGGGUUCUUACUAUUCUGAAGCGGCUGUUGGUUAUGGUCAGGGAAAACGUGGCUCUCUCAGCCACACAAUAUCUUGGAACGUUUUCGGCGAAGGAAGACUCCCAACUUUGGUGUCGCGCCACAAAACAGCAUUCCACUUCUUCCUGUAUCAUCACCGCGACCCCCGAGUCCCGGUGGAGGAAUCAACCCAGAUGAUGUCUCUCCAGAAACCGCUAAUACCCCAGUUCGAGAUCCGAGAGACCGGCGCGUAA